AUGCCUCACAGGCAAAGUAUUUUCUCAAAAGGCUUUGUAUCUCGGAGGCCCAUACAAGUGGAAGAUCAAGAAUAUGGAAAUGAAACUGCGCCGAGAAGAGCUAGAGGACAAUUCCGUCCAAUGUUGUCCAGUUCUAAAGAUCUGACGCAAAUGGCCAUAGAGAGUUCCAAGGCAAGGUUGGUCCAACCUCUGAUUAGCCAAUUCGGUGAUUUCAAUAACUGUCGGAGCGAAUCAAAUGAGUUUGGUUCUUCCUAUAGAGCAACGUCUAGAUACGGCCCUUUCUCCAUAACCUCACAUACUAAUAGAUUGUUUAACUCAAAGACUGUUAAGCAAGAUGUUAAAAGGUUACCGUCGUUUGUGUCCCAGGUUCAAAAUUGCGUCCGUUUGGACGUUACCACAUCGCAAAGUUCUCCUACAGACACGGGAAACAAAUCAACCUUUACAUGCAAAUGUAAGACAUGUACGAAUCCGCGAUGCCCUUCAAAAAUAUACAACAAGAAACAAAUCGUUUUCGAUGGCAACGUUCAAACCUUCUGCGACGGUAUAACAAUGACUUCCAAGUUGGUAGAUGCUGAGUGUGAUGGGGGACCAUUGUGUUCAAAAACAGACUGUGGUGUAAAUACUACUAUACUUACAACGAUCGAAACUGAUGAGAGCACGCAAGUACAGGAGCCAAUUUACUGUAGACCUAUCACAGUUACGGAAAAAAGCACCAGUUCAUUGCAGUUUGAAUACGCUUACAGAAGAGCAACACCAAAGUUUUAUGAUGAAACAGUUCCUAAAGUAAAUACCGGUUGUCAGUGUGUUACUUCAGAUGUCGAACGGGAAGAACCCAAGCAAUCCCUUCAAUGCUUUUUUAGACGUAAUGAACCUAUGUCUAUAGAGUCUAAUUAUAAGGAAACAAGUUCAGGAGUAAAAAAUCUUUAUAAUGAGGGGAUUAGUGAAGAUUUUGUUGACCAAGGCACAGAUUCUUGUCCAGUAGCAAAAAUAAAAAUGCCUAGAUGCAAAGAGAGCAAAUGUUGUAGUUCACGCCCUCAUAUUCCAUUUUCACAUAGGCAUUAUUCGAAGUACCAUCAUAAUUGUAAGCAUCCAAAAGAAUUUCAGUAUGGUAAUGAAGAAGACGAUAUGCCUGUGAGGCAUUGUGCGGAUCUUUGUCCAAGGUAUAUGCGGAAACCCUGUGGUAGGCACUGUCCACCUAUUAGAACGAUGCCAAGUAUUCGUCUACCUAAAAGGGUUCUUACUUCAGAUAGGGAUAUAGACGAUUUUGUUAACAAAAGUCGGUAUUAUCCAAAAUGUAAGAACACGUUUGGAGUCCAAGCAGUUUUGUUGAUGUAG